AUGUCAAUUCAUAUGCAGACGCCAAUAGCAUCAGAUGCUCUUCAUAAAAAGGCACAGGAGUGUGGUGUUGAACAAGCGGUUAAAGUCAAUCAAAGAAUGUUAAUCGAUAAAAUGCUUGCGCGUUAUUCAUCUGAUUUCGUUGUCUGCCGUGAACUCAUUCAAAAUGCAGACGAUGCUCAAGCGACAUUCUUUCAUUUUGAAAUAACAUGUGUUAUACCGAUGAUUGCCUCAGAAGUUCAAUCAUUCUCAGACAAAUCAUCACCUUUAAAUGAAUCGCUGCCACUGUCAAACAGCGGACUGAAUUAUCACAAUAGUACCAUAACUGAAAUUCGUUUAGCAAAUAAUGGUACCAUCUUUAAUCAGACUGAUUGGGAACGGGUAGCAUCCAUUGCUGAAGGCAAUACCAACGUUGAUUCAGUUGGACAAUUUGGUGUUGGAUUUUUUUCUGUUUUUUCACUUUCUGAAGAACCAAUAAUCACAUCUGGAAACGAAUAUAUGGUAUUUGUCUGGCGAGAUGAUAAUUCAUUGACAACAUUUCGCCAUCAAUUACCUAUCGAACAGCAAUCAAAAUUAACUGCGGUUAUUCUCAAAAUGCGAAGUCAAUAUAUCUUAAAAACCGAGACAAAUUUAGAUAUUGAUGUAACAACAAUGAAAAAUAAAGAUGGUGAAUAUAAUAUCAAAUCAGUCAAGAAAAAACGGAAGGAAAACGUAACUAUGAAAGAAAUCGUACCAGCAAUCGAUCUAACUCAACUCAAAACCUAUUUCACCAAAGUACUUUCAUUUACAAAAUAUAUUAAUGAAAUUCUUAUCAAGAUAAAUGGUUGUACGAUAUUUCAAGUCAGCAAAACUAUGAAAAUAGUACCAUCUAUUCGAAGCACAUUACCAUUCAAAAACACACCUUCGAUGAGUAAUAUGUUAAUUUUUAAUUCAUUUAUACAAACUGAACAAACAUUUUCUAUUGCCAAUGCUUCUUCAUUGACUUUAAAUCAUGUAUCUGUCGAUGCACAAGUCACCAUUGAUGAAGAAUUUCAUUACCAAAUUCAACGUAUAAUGAAAAAAAGUUUACCAUCCAAUGUUCGAAUUCAACUCUUGUUUGCACCAGAUAAUCUUAUUGCCAGUCAACAGUCACAAUCAUCAUCAGUCUUUAGUGAUUUAAACACUAGAAUUUUGAAUUCGUUGAUUCCAUUGAAGUUUCAAGAUGAGAAUAUCAUUCCGUCAGGUCUGGUAUUCAUUGGUCUUGGAACACAUCAGACAUCAGGCAUUGGAAUGCAUGUGCAUAGUCAUUUGAUUCCGACAAUCGAACGUGAAAAUGUCGAUUUACAAGAUCCAUAUAUAGCUAAAUGGAAUAAGGAACUUCUUUCAUCUAUCGGGCAAAUCAUUCGAUUAAUCUACGACCAAGAAAUGAUUAUAAAUGCUGAUAAAACACAGCUAACUGUCGACAAUUAUGAUAUCAUCUUGAGUUCAUAUUCUUUUCAACCAUCAGUACCAAACAAUGAAAUCGACAUUGUUGUACCUGUGCAAAAUAAGCCAUCUGAUGAUUAUCUCACUCUUGUGCAUUCAUCGAAAGCUUUUCUGGCUAACUCGAAUCAAAUCCAGACAUUCUUGACACUUCCACUCAUUCCAUUUCAAUUGACUUCAAAUGGUCUCUUUAUAACUCUUGCAAUACGUGGAUUAUUGGAUUAUGCAGACAAAUCUAUGGUUGAGAAAAUUCUCAUGGCAUCUGUUUUGUCCAUACCUCAAUUUAUUGCUUUAGUCAAUUGGUUAUUUAGCAAUGAUGUUGCGGAUGAGGUAUAUGCUAAACGUAUCCUUUCGAUUGUUUGUUUUCAUAAUCCUUCUGAUUCACGCGGCUACCUAUUUCGUAUUAUCAAGUAUUAUGAUGCUUUGAAGAUUCCAUUAUUAUUGUCUCUACCUACUAAUGUUUUAUCAAGAGAUAUAUCCGCUCUCUUAUCAAUAGAACAGCUUGAAAGACAAUUAUCAUUAUCGCCUGUGAAAUUCAAAGAUUUAUUCGAUUUUUAUUUUCAUAAUCAUCAGUUAUCUAUGUUUCAAGAUCCUGAAAUAUCUCCACAAUUACUCAGCUUUCUUUCAAGAUAUUCUGGACAAUUCACAGAAACAGAAUGGACUACCAUGAAAACAGUGUUAUACACAGUUCCAUGUAUACCGACAACAAAAGGUAUGAAAAUGUCAUGUGAAUCAUUCGUUCCAUCCGCAUUAGUUUCACCUAAACUGCCUGUUAUUGUACUUAAUAUACCACAAGCUAAUCCAGACAAUAAUGAUGAACAUUUAAAUGAAAAUAUUGAGAAUCCAGUUUCUAUUUAUUUUCUUAAACGAAUCGGUUGCCGUAUGCUGAGUAUUGAUAUAUUCGAUAAUGAUCAAGAUGUUUCAAUGCAGUCUCAAUCUAUGGAAAUAUUCAUUCAAAAGUUAAUUAAAGAACGAAAGAAUAUGAGUGAAACUGAUUUCAAUGAAUUAAAACAAAAGAAAUCGUUGAGAGGCAUAACAUUAGCACGAACUGUUGAAACAACAAGAACAUAUAUUCCUCGGGAUCUUCAUUUUCCAUCUGUAGCUAUUCGGCUUCAAUGGAUCAACUUACCUAUCAUUGAUUGGCUCGAUAUUAAUCCAGACUCAUUGGAAUAUAACUUUCUUAAAGAAAUUGGCGUACAAGAAGUACCCAAUUUACAAAAACUUAUCGAACGUAUCAUUGAAGAACAUAAUGAUCAGCAGCAAAAACAAACAACGAAUGCAGAAUAUAAAAUACCACUAGCGCUCGAGUUUUUUGCUGCAAAAUUUCAACAAUAUUAUUGCAAUUUAUGGAAAAAGAAUAAUAUGACUAAACGUCGUUUUCUUCCAGCAUGUUUACCAGUAAAGACAAUGGAUCAGAAAACUCGAAGUGAGGUGAUACUCUCAGCACCAGACGAAGUGUUCAAAAUUGCUAAUCCAUUAUGUCCUAGUCUUUUACCUCAAGUGAUCGAAUUAUUCGAGAAGAACUUUGAUAUUUCAUUGCUUGGCAUCGAAAGCAAACCUAAUCUUUCACAAGCAUUUGACAUUUUGAUAAAAGAAAAGAAGCAACUGUUAACGGAACAAUCAGCAUUUAGGAUAUUUGCCUAUUUGAAUGGGCUUGAAGGAUUAAAUCGAAUGUUCAUCGAAAAAGUAUCCAAACUAGAGUUCAUUCCAUUACAAGGUAUUUCAGACAGUAGCCCACUAAUGAAACCAUCACAAGUUUUUAUUCAUGGGAGUGUUGCGUCUAAUCGAUCGAUUGGGAACACAAUCGAAGUAAUGGACACAAGUGGUCUUAUUGAUUAUGUUGAUUUUGGUACAGACGCGAAUACAUUUCUUGUCAAUAUUGGCGUUCGUAAUUAUCCGACACCUUCGAUUCUUGCCGAAGUUCUCAUCGAUCGGCAAGCUACUUAUUUUGAAAGUGCAAAGAAUGAUGAAUUUAUUUUGAAUAAAAAAAUUCGUUUGUAUAUUGAAUGUCUCAAACGUCUUGCUGUUGCUGCUGCUUGCUCAAAUGAACUUCAAUCUGAACCUCUAAAUACACGACUGAAAACUAGUGCCUGGUGUCUUGGUUUUCAAGAUGUUGAUGAUGAAAAUCGUUGCAGCAAACAAAUAUUAAAAAUUGUCAAACCAAAUGAAAUAUAUCUCGAUGAUAACUCUUUAUAUUCGAUGAAAUUUAAACCAGUAUUACCACCAUCAGACCCACAACUAUCCACACUAUAUGAACGAUUCGGAGCCAAAUGGCUAUCAAGUUGUGUGGAUGAAAAUCGGAAAAUAAUAGGUACAAUUAGUUGCCAUCAACAAUUUCACUGCUUCUAUUGA